AUGGCUCACAACUCACAGCGCGUUCCGUGGGAUCUGUUCCGCAAGGGCCGCAUCGUCGCCGCGGCAGACGUUCCGCACGCAGCGUCCCAGCACGACGUCACCCUCAAGAGGAGCUCCGACCAACAGCGCAAGCUGGACACGGCCACCCUCAUCGCCGCCCUCUGCGACGCGCUCCAGCACGACAUCCACCAAGAGGCCGCCCGCCACGCGUUUGCGCCGGAGCCGCCCGCCGACGCGGACCUGGUCAUCCCGGACCCCGUCGCGCGCACCAUCGCGCCCAUGGUCCGCGCCUGGCGCGCCUCCGUCUUCGCCGCCAAGGAGCUCGAGGGCAUCCUGGAGCUGGGCGACGACGAGUACCGCCAGUGGCAGCUGACCUUUGACGCGCGCCCGGAGGGGGAGGGCAGCGGCAACCCGGCGCCGACGGCCGAGAGACAGCACGGCAGUGACCGGGCGUGCGUGCACGAGGUGGCGUUUCGGUGCGGCUGCGUGCUGCCCAGGAGUGAGAGGACCGCGGGCGCGUUUCGGCGCGGGCACCCGGGGAACAGCUGCUACACGUUCCACGAGGUCUGCGCCAAGGAGUACUUUGGCGCGCUGGUGAUGCAGUCGCUGCUGGUCGCGGGCGAGAUGCAGCCCUUUUACGACAUGGGACGAGGCGAGACCAGCAUAUUUGCGUGGGAGAGCGUGGCAGAGUGCUACUGCGUGAGUUUCCAUUCCAUCGGCUGGGGAUGUCUGCAAAACAGCUGCUUAAUAUCUUACAUCUACCUCAAUGCGCUGUUGGCGUUGAGUGACGCCGGUGGCGCCAAGUCGCUGCUCUCCUCUUCGCAAUACCGAAACCGAGCCACGACCAGCGCUAUGCUCCAGCGCUUCCAGAUCAGCGACUGGUUCGGGGAGCACCUGCACACCGAGUUCCACCAAGACACGACCGGUAGGGAGUCCCUGUGGGAGCGCAUCCCGGGCCCGUCACUACAACUCAGUCCAGCAGCAGAAAAGGCGGCGCGAGAGGCGCUCCGCGCAAAGGGGCUCCCGGAAGAGCUCAUACUACAGAUACUACGGUCCAGGACGCCGCUGGCGCGUAUCCGCGUCCCGGGCGACCCCCUUCACCCGGAGAACCGGAAGGCCGUCGCCGAGUACCUGGAGCUGUGCUGGGGGAUCAUCGUUCGCUGCGGGGUGCUCCAGAGCUGGAACACGUUCGCGGAGGCCAAGGGCAAGCCUGCUCAUAAGGGUCAGAUCGGUUCCGUGGUGAGGGAGCUGCAAGCAAAGCUGUGGAAAGAAGUCGAGGUGAAGAAAUGUGCGGCACCUGUGGAAGGUUGA